GAGAGGUCAAGGCCUCGAGCGGGUCUGACGAUGACUUUGUCUCGUUGCAAUAGGCUUUAAUACUUGAGCAGUGCUGCCUUGCUACUCGUGUUGCAAGAUCCCAACAAUGCUUUCCAGGAUCCAAGGGAAAGUGGCACUCAUCACCGGUGGUGCUUCCGGUAUCGGCGCAGCCACGGUCAAGAAAUUCAGAGCUCAUGGAGCGGAAGUUAUCAUUGCCGACGUCCAAGACAGCCGCGGCAAGGCGCUGGCGGCCGAGACGGGCGCUCACUACACACACUGCGACGUCUCUCAAGAGUCUCAGGUGGCAGCAGCAGUGGACCUGGCCGUCUCAAAGUUUGGCUCGCUCGGCAUCAUGUUCAACAACGCCGGGAUCAUCUCGGGCCCCAAGCCGGCCGACUCCAUCGCCCGUCUCGACAUGUCCGACCUCGACGCCGUGCUCGCUGUCAACGUGAGAGGCGUCGCUCACGGAGUGAAGCACGCGGCCAGAGUCAUGGUCCCUCGCAACUCGGGCUCGAUCAUCUCCACGGCCAGCGUCGCUCACAUCAUCUCCGGCAGCGCGCUCCACCCCUACACCAUCAGCAAGCACGCCGUGGUUGGCAUCACAAAGUCGGCGGCCUCGGAGCUGGCCUUUCACGGGGUCCGAGUGAACUGCAUCUCUCCGGCCGGGGUGGUGACCGAAAUCGUGACGAAGUUUUGGGAGAACUUGGUGCCGGUUGCGGAGGCCAAGCUUGGCACGCAAGCGGCGUUUGCAGGGAAGCCCGGGUUUGAUCUCCGGCGGGCCUUGAUGGAGCCGGAGGAGAUCGCAGAGGCCGCGCUCUUCCUCGCCAGCGAUGAGUCGAGGUUUGUGAGCGGCCAUGACUUGGUGGUGGACGGCUCGCUCACAGGGACUGCCGCGUUUAACAUCUUCAAGGAUAUCCAGCAUGGGCAGCUGCGUCUGGUAACGAAGAACUAGAGUGAGCUCUAAAACAAUUCGACUAUUCCAAGAAUAGAAUAUUCUAAUGAAUGUUCGAGAA